AUGGCGCACGAUAUUCAAACGUUCAUCCUUCAGUUCUUGAACGAUGAGCCAUUCAACCUCAAUAUGUCGCCGCUUCAAUUUGAUCAAAUGCCGCACCAACAGCUCAUCCAGCUGCUGAGUAAUGUUUUGAGGUAAGAGAAUGAGUGAUCGGAAUUGGAAUCGAAUUGGCUGAUUCAUAUAUGAAUUACCUGUUAUAACUGUUACCAUUGUCAAUUUCGAUUUUAGCUGGAUUUUCGACUCGGAGCGAGUGGAAAUCAAAAGAGAGGCGGCCGAGGACACUGCGAUUCGCGUGCUCAAUUCGCUACGAAUUUUACGCUAUCGACCGCCGCAAGACCAAGAGGAACUGUAGGGCGACAAAAGAGCAAUAAAUAAACGGCAACUAAUUUGGCAUAACAUUACAGAGAGGAAUGGCGAGCCGGGAUAGUCGAAGGUCGCAAGAGCAGCAUUCACCCGCUGCUCGUUUUUCUCUUCGAAAAUUCGGAAGCCUUGAAGGAGCGCGCAUAUUUGGCUAAAUUUUUGAUGAGGGUAAUGAAUUGCUUUCGCUGCUGCCAGUUUUUAGGGGCUCAUUAUGUUUGAAAAAUGAUACGGAACAAGCGGGGUUCUGGUUGAAUAACUGAUUUGUUGGCGCAUGAAAGUGGGAAUGUGCAUGUGGUUUGUUAAUGUUCUGUAAAGAAAGAAAACGAGACAACUCGCGUUGGAUUAAAUUACCUGGUGUGAUUAUCAGUCUGGGCAAGAAACAAAACAUUGAAUUAUAGACCGAAGUACCGAGCGAUUUCAACGAUUACGACACGAAUGAGCUGCAGAAUGAGUUGGCCCAACUGAUGGAUGAAUUCAAGGUGAGUGACUGGAAUGGAUUAGCCCUCAGAAACAUGAUAUCGGAACAGAUGACAAGAUCAAACGGAUACUAAUAAUCCUUUUGUUAUUUUCAGGAAAUUCAUGCCGAUCUCAAAGGGAUAAUGGCGGAUGUACUCUUGUUGGAUGACAUAAAGGAAGAUUUGAAGUCGAUGGAGAAGGAAAAACAGAUAUUGGUUCGGAAAAUUGAGAAAACUGAGAAGAAAGUGAUGAAUAUACCUUAUUUCGACAAGUGAGUCACUCGUCCACGCCCCUGAGAAGCAGUCGGGAAAUUAAUUACAGACAAAUGCAGCUGGCGUCGCAAUUACGUGGCGAGAAGGCGCGGUAUGCAGACUUUGCAAUUCAGAAACAAAAUGAAAGACAGAAGGUUAGUGAUUUCCACGAAACCUUAUAGAAAGAAAGUGCGAAGAAAGGAGCAAUGAGAAGCAAGUGCAAUUCCAAUCCACUUUUUCUUAAGUGCCGUUUCACUAGCUUCAGAAAUCACGAAAUUUAGGUGCUGAACAUCGAGGGUAGAAUCAACCGACUGAAAAUCAAUUUGGACGAAGCUCACGCCGUUGCCGACACUUUAGACGAACAGGCGCUGAUGGAGAAAUUAGAGGUUUCCCACCGACUUUUCCCACUUUCCCAUGCAAUUCUCGCACAUUUUUAGGAUGAAGUGGCAACCAAUACUUAUUUGGUUAAUAACAAACUGAUGGAUGAAUUCGAGUCAAGAGAGAACAAAUUGAGAGAGCUUGCAUCUAUGGUUAGAGCUAACCAUUUGAGGGACGAGGACAUCACCAAGAUGAAUGAGGAGGUAGGCGGAGGUGUUAUCAUUCAAUUACACGAUCAGGGCCAUCUAUUCCAUUUUUGAAACUCAUAAAAGCAGCAAAUAGCGUUAGGCUUGGCACCGACUCCCCCAGUAAGACAGAACGUGUGGGCGAAUCUUAAUUGAGAAGAUGGACUCUUCGAUUUUUCAAUUUCUAAAUAGGGUUUCUCAGAGUUUUUAUAGCAGGAACUUUGUGUUAGUGCCAAUCAUUGAAAAGAGCGUCUUGCUCUUUUGAACUCGGAAGCCAACCAAUAAUUUUCGGUUUAGAUCGAGGAAAUGACAAAGCGAACCCGCAAGCUGGAAGAUGAACGAGAUCACAAAGAAGUGGAUGUGGAUGAGAACAUGAGGUCAGUGCCUGGCCAACAUGUUGCUUUCUAAUAACGGGGCCAAGAGCGUUCUUUCGUAAUUUUUGCGUCAUCUUACAUGUGCAUAAAUUUGCGUGAAUCUAGGUUGCUAAUGAAAAAGACAAAGCGGAAGAGAGAGAGAGAAAUCACGCGGUCGGCUCUUUCAUGCACACACUCAUAUGAGCGUUUUUUCCUUCAAUUUUUGAUUGAAUGUCGCAUUGUCAAGAGGUCCUUGGAAUUCGAAUUUAAGGGCCUUUUCCCCGUUUCCUGCUCGAAAAUGAAAAAAAAAAGGAAAACAAAGAAAUAAUGCAAAAGAGAUGUGGGGGACUGACCUCUCUUAGUGAAGACGUAGGACGUGUUGACCAUAUCAGCUUUUUCAGCGUCUUUCGUCAUCAGUUGUCGAUUCUUGAGCGAAAGAAGGAGGCGGCGGUGCACAAGUUGCAGCAGUUGAGGUGAGUGCGAAGGCCCACCCGUCCGACGGCUUAUUUAUUCCACUGGGAAAAGGAAAUUGAAAUUGAAAAAAAUCCUUGGGACGAAAGGCACUGGAAGAGUUUCAACAUUUGAUUGUCCCUCUCCAAUUUCCGCUCUAAAGCUAAGACGGGGGCGAAUUUCAAUCAGUGCGACGGAAAUUGGGAGACAGUAUGAAAACUGACGUGACUUUUCGCUUUUCAGGCAAGAUCUUGUGAAAGUAGAGAAGGAUGUCGAGGAGCGAAAGAACAAUCUAAAAGACAAAGUGGGCGGGGAAGUAGUGUCAAAUGUGCAAGUAUGGCGGAGUUUGUGGAAAAGCAGUUUAAUGGUUUCGUUGCAGUACCGAAAGUAUUUGGAGCAGUAUCGCACAAAAAGUGAGGAACAGAGAAAGAGAAGAAAGGAAAUGGAGUUCAUGCACACUGAAAAGAGCGUGUUGAAGCGAACCGUGGACAUUCUCGUCAAAAGAUAUGCGAACCUUGAAACGCAUAUUGUAAGUGAAGUUUGUUUCAAUGACCUUACAAACUUUCUUUUGCAGGAAAGUAUUGGAGGUGAAGUAGUGGAAGUGCUGAAUGUGCCGUCGAAAUACGAUCGGCCAAAAACUGCAGCUCCACAAACAAAUAACGCAGAGGUGAGAUGAAAGUUUUGGAUUUCGCGAAUUUCUUUUUGAAAGUGAAAACGAAAACGAAAACGAAAACCCGAGUUCAAUCGGCCACGAGGGAUUACCCCAUAGUUCUUUUGAGAAGAGUCGUUGAAACCGAACCAGUACACUUUUGACAUGAAGCGACAAAUGGUGAUGUUCUUUGAGCGGAAAGGGAACAUUCUCAAAGUUUCAAAAUCGAAAUCUCACACAGCGUCUAUAUUCAGGAUAUCAAAUCCGAGAUGAAAGAAAUGAUGUCGCAGCUGGACAACAGGAAAGAUAGAAUAACGGAUCAACGGGCAAGACGCGACGAAAUGAAGGUGGCAGUGCGGGUAAAUAACACAAAAUUGACACUUUCAACUGAUCACUUUAGCAAAAAAUGGAAAAGCUGACAAACAUGAAGAUGGAGAUGGAAGAGCAGUUGGCUGAAAUGGAGAGAAACAAUCGAAUGAUAGUGGAGGUAACCGGAUAUUCAAUGAUGUAUACACACUGAAGAGCGUACUUGUAGAAGGUCAGAGACCUGGAGUUCACAAUCCGAGAAUGCAAGGAACGGAUUCCCGAGUUGCAGGGCGAAUUAUCUGAUUUGUUGGACGAUAAGAACAGCUUGCAAGGAGCUGGACAGAACACUUUGGAAGUAGAAACCCCAAUAAUUGAGUCCGGCUUGAUCUUAUUAUGUUUUUAGAAACAACUGGAAGUAGCAGAGGAGACCGAAAAGCAUAUUGACGGCCAAAUUGACGAAAUAGGUGACAUGGAUGAGAUUCGGAUGCAAGUGGACCUUUGGAAAGGACUGCUCACGCUUUUCGAAAUCAAAUUGGAGAUUUUCAAAGAGAGAGCGAACUCCCGAAACUAA